AUGUCUAAUACAGCGAUUCCUUCUUUAGAAGACAUUGUGCAUCAGAAACGACAACGCGAGGAAGAACGUGCACGGCCAAAAUUCUUGUCAAAGGCAGAGCGUGCAAAACUUGCCAUCCAAAGACGCGAACAACAAGUUCAGGAGCAAAGAGCGCGGCUCGAUACACAGAGACAAGCCUUGCAUUUAGCUAAUGGACAAACGAAUAAUGGCCGGGAAAACGAUUCCUCCUCUACUCGCUCGAGAAGUCCAGCGAUUUCCGAGAAAACACAGAGUUCACACAACAUUACUGAAAGUGAAACCACCACAGCAGCUUCAACAGAAUCGGCCGACGAUCCAGACUGGACAAUUAAGCAGCGAUACAUGGGAAUAAAGCCUCCUGUAAAGAAAAAACGAAGAAAUGCCGACAAAAAGUUUGUAUUUGAUUGGGAUACAUCAGAUGAUACAUCCGCGUCGGCCUUACCAAAUGAUAGCCAUGAUCAACUUGGUGUGUUCGGACGGGGGAAAUUGGGUGGAUUUGAUGAAACCGAAAUACGUAAAACACAGCAACACGAAGCAUUGAUUCAGCGGUUGCUUAAAGGUUCGCCGGAGGAUCAACGGCGAGCCCAUAUGCUGAUUGAACAGCAAAAAAGAAAAACAAAAAAGGUCGACUGGGACGAUGUUCCUUGGUACCAAAAGCCACUGGAAGCUAUGAAGCCACGAGAUUGGCGAAUUUUAAAAGAAGAUUUUGGUAUUUCAGUCAAAGGCGACAACUUGCCAAAUCCUUUACGUAACUGGGAAGAGUCUUCUUUACCCGAAAAGGUUCAGGCUACGCUGAAAAAAGUUAAGUACAAGGAACCAAGUGCUAUCCAAAGAGCAGCUAUUCCUCUUUUGCUACAACGAAACGACAUCAUUGGUAUUGCUGAAACCGGUAGUGGUAAAACAGCAGCCUUUGUCAUUCCCUUAGUAACACACAUAUCGCGGUUGCCUGCUUUGGACGAUACAAAUAUGCACCUUGGUCCUUAUGCCAUUAUUCUAGCACCCACUCGUGAAUUGGCACAACAAAUUCAAGUCGAGGCAAGCAAGUUUUCCGAACCACUCGGUCUUCGGUGCGUUGCCGUUGUGGGUGGACAUGCUUUUGAAGAACAAUCCUUUCAAAUGAGCCAGGGAGCUCAUAUUGUUGUGGCCACACCCGGUCGACUUGUCGAUUGUUUGGAACGCCGUGUGUUUGUGCUUAGUCAAUGCUACUUUGUCGUCAUGGAUGAAGCCGAUCGAAUGGUUGAUAUGGGUUUUGAAGAAGAUGUGAACAAGGCUCUCACAAGCCUACCACCUUCAGGCCAUGAUGAUGACGAGGCUAUGGUAGCCGGAGAGGAUCUUUUACGAUCCACAAGACCUACUCGAGCUCGUCAAACGGUUAUGUUCAGUGCUACCCUGCCCACCAGAGUGGAGAAUCUUGCUAAAAGGUACCUGAAUAAGCCCAUCAUGCUUACCAUUGGCACCAUUGGUCAAGCUGUUGACCGUGUUGAACAGCGCGUAGAGAUGAUCGCCGACGAUGCCAAGCGGAGAAAGCGUUUGGAAGAAAUCUUAAACACUAAUCGCUAUGCUCCACCCAUCGUCGUGUUUGUCAACUUGAAACGCAAUUGCGAGUCUUUGGCCAAGGCUCUUUACAACAUGGGUUGGCGUGUGGUAACCCUACAUGGCAGUAAAAGUCAAGAACAGCGUGAACGCGCAAUUGAGCAAUUGCGCAAUCACUCCGCUGAUAUCCUCGUUGCUACCGAUUUGGCUGGUAGAGGUAUCGAUAUUCCUAAUGUUUCGCUCGUCGUCAAUUACAACAUGGCCAAAUCCAUCGAAGAUUAUACGCAUCGUAUCGGACGUACCGGCCGUGCUGGAAAACACGGUACGGCCAUCACGUUCUUGGGUCCCGAGGAUACAGGUGUGUACUACGACUUGCGACUCAUGUUGAGCAAAAGUGCCAACAGCCACAUACCCGAAGAGCUGCGGCGACAUGAAGCAGCUCUUGCCCGUCCGAACAUUGUGCUCUAG